AUGUCUUACGACGCCAUCGUUAUCGGAGCCGGCGUGGUUGGACCAUGUAUCGCCACAGCGUUAGCGAGACAAGGAAGAAAAGUGCUCAUUAUUGAGCGAGACUGGAGCGAGCCAGACCGUAUCGUUGGUGAAUUAAUGCAGCCAGCCGGUCUCAAGGCUUUGAAGGAGCUCGGUAUGAUUCAGGCUGUCAACGGUAUCGAUGCAGUGUACGUGGACGGUUACUACAUCAAGUACCACGACAACACGAUCCAGAUCCAGUACCCAGACAAGUACGACUGUGACAAGAUGAACCCUGUGAAGCCAGUACCAGACUGUGUAUUUGGUGACAACGACAAGUACGUCGAAAACGACCCGGCCAUUAUCUCAGAGGACUGGGACCAAAAUGAGAAUGUGCGUGGACUAGGGUUUAGCAACGGCAGAUUUUUAACCAAUCUUCGAAAGAUAGUGAGAGCCGAGGAAAACGUCGACUGGAUCGAGGGCUCUGCUACGGAGGUUGUGAGAGAUAAGGAGAACCCUGACUGGGUUAGAGGUGUGAAGGUGAAGAGUCUCAAAGGAGACUUCACGACUUACGAGGCCAAGAUGACUUUUGCAUGCGACGGUAUCUACUCUAAGUUCCGUAAGGAGCACUCAAAGACUAAUGUUCCUACUGUUGGAUCCUACUUUGUGGGUUUGCAAUUACAAGACGCUAAGCUUCCUGCUCCUCACCACGGCCACGUCAUUUUAGGUGAUCAUGCUCCUGUGCUCAUUUACCAAACCACCCCUAGAGAAACGAGAGUCUUGUGUGCUUAUCGCUCCACCAAGCCACCUUCGGCUGCAAACGAUACUUUCUACAGGUACUUGGAACAGGAGGUUUUACCUUGUUUGCCUGAGGAGCUCAAACCAAGCUUUGAGCAUGCCAUGGCCGGACGCAAGUUCAGGCCAAUGCCAAACCAGUACUUGACCGCACUGAGGCAAGGUAGCCGCAACAAGGGCUUCAUCAUGAUUGGCGACUCGUUAAACAUGAGACACCCUCUCACUGGAGGUGGUAUGACCGUUGGUUUGAAUGACGCCGUAUUGCUCAUGAAGCUCUUGCACCCAAAACAGGUGCCUGAGUUGGACGACUACGAUUUGGUUUCGAAAAAAUUGCGUCAAUUCCACAGCAAAAGAAAGCGCCUUGAUGCCGUGGUCAACACGCUUUCAAUUGCUUUGUACACAUUGUUUGCCGCCGACAGCCGGCCUCUCAAGAUCUUGCAAGACGGUUGCUUCAAGUAUUUCUUGCGCGGUGGAGACUGUGUCAAGGGCCCUGUCGGUUUGCUUUCAGGCAUGCUUCCCUUCCCCAUGUUGUUGUUCAACCACUUUUUCUCUGUUGCAUUCUACUCUAUCUACUGCAACUACUGCGAGCGUGGAUUUGCUGGGUUCCCCGUGGCCUUGUACGAGUCUUUUGAGGUGCUUUUUACAGCCGUCGUGUUGUUCACACCAUACCUUUGGCAGGAGCUUGUGAAUUAG